AUGCCUCUGCAUGAAACGGAAGAUCUAGCAACCCUAUCCUUGUUGCGAGAAGUACAACAGGACUUUGUGAUCUUUUACUCUUCCCGCGAUGAAGGUGGAGAAUUAUGGUGCCCGGACUGCAGGGCUGUGGAUGAACUUAUUCAGAGUGCAUUCGGGCCAGACACGGGGCAUUCAGGUCUAGUCGUUUUCGUUGGACAAAGAUCGGAGUGGAAGUCACCUUCUAACCCCUUCAGAGGAAACCCGUGGAAUGUACAAUCUGUGCCUACGAUUAUCAGAAUUCGAGAUGGUGCAAGACUCGUGGACACGGAUAUCAGGCACAGCCUUGCCGCAUUUCUCCAAGAGUAA